UUUUUUUUUUUUUUCCCAGUCUCUCUUUUUGUUGCUUUUCCACUCUUUCGAUCUUGCUUUUCAUUUGUUUUUACGAUCCACUUUCCAACACCCAAAGCAAAAGCGGGAAAAUGACACGUUUCGAAAUACGGUCCAAUCGGCUUUUGGUGGUCGGGUUUGUUCUUGUGCUCGGCGCCGCCGCGGUGGUCAACGCCGCACCGGAUCCAUGCGACUCGGCGUGCUACUGCGCAUACCAGCAGAUUGUCUGCACCGCGAGCUUUACCGCCUUUGCGGACUAUGGCGACUUUCCAGACGUCGACCCGCCGUGGGGCGAUCUCAACUUGCUCAACUCCGGAGUGACCGCAAUUUCCGCUGCCGACCUAGCGGCCCUUCCCGGCCUUACUCGCAUCACUCUUCCCUACUCGCUCGGACCGGGAUCUGUCGAGGAUUCUGCCUUCCAACAACUGCCUCUUCUCAAUUUUGUCCUGAUGGGAUCUGCUGCAUUCUCAAAUUCAAUGAUUGUCGACACGAGCGUGACCGAGCUGUCGGUUGAUUUUGACGACGCGACAAUUCCGGCCUAUUUCUUCAAUCACUUGGAACAGUUGGCCAUUCUGGAAAUCAGCAGCGUGGGCGGUUUUGCACCCUUCUCACUGAAUGGAUUGGCGCCGCUCAAUACACUAACAAUGAGCGGUGAUUUCACCACCGUGCCAGCGUCUCAGGUCCUCGAGCUGCUUCCAAACCUGAAAAACCUCUUCAUGUUGAACAGUGCGGUGACUACGCUUCAAAAUGUUGGUCUCACAGCGCUCCCAGGACUGGAACUCUUAUCGAUGCCUUCGUCGGAAAUGACCUCGAUUCCAACCAAGUACUUUAAAGAGUCUGUCAGCUUGCCUCAGCUGACCUAUCUGCGUCUCGACUCGACCCCCCUGACUCAGCUUGUCGCGGAACAGUUUAAUGGCUUGGAAAAUCUCAAAAUUCUCCAACUGGACGCUUCGGCAAUCACCUCCAUCUCACCGCAAGCCUUUGCAGGACUUUCUCGGCUGACCUCCCUGUCCUUGACUCAAAACAAACUCACCACUCUGCCCGCUGGGCUUUUUGCUUCGCUCACAAGCUUGCAGGUUUUGGGCCUUCAUUCCUCUCUCAUCUCUAGCGUUGCUCCCGGCGCAUUUGCUGGUCUGGCUGAGAUGUCAUUCAUAAGCUUGAAGAAUAUCCGCGCCACUACCCUUCCUCCUGGGCUGUUCCAGGGAGUUUUUUCAUCGGAGUCGGGAUUUGCCGAAUUGAAUCCCCACAACUUUUCGUUCGGCGGCGCCGUGCGAACACCUCCCAGCACCUACGGCAGUCUGGCGCUUGUUUUUUCUUGUCCUACUGAGUGCGCGACUUGCUACGGUGGCCUGCCCACCAACUGCUGCCCAACCAACUGUCUCUAUUGCAACAGCACCACUUGCCAGGAGUGUUACAGCGGCUACACGAUGGCGGCAGAUAACACUUGCUUCUCGACGACUGCUCAGUCGAUUGCGUCGGCGGCAACCAGCUCUGCCGUCUCAGCUCUUUCUGCGCAAUCUGCUAUCUCUGCUUCGUCCGUGUCUGCCAAAUCAGCGUCCAGUGCCAAGUCGGUCUCUGCCCAAUCUGCUGCAUCUGCCCAGUCAGUUGCUUCGGCCCAGUCGGCUGCAUCUGCCCAGUCUGCCGGAUCGGCCCAGUCGGUGCUUUCUGCCCAGUCCGUUGCUUCCGUCCAGUCGGCUGUUUCUGCAGCGUCGGCCGCUUCUGCACAGUCGGUUGCAUCCAUUUCUGCCAUUUCUGCCCAAUCGGCCGCGUCUGUCUCUGCCUCUUCUGCUGCGCAAGGCGAUGGGGACGAUUCCUCUUUGCUGCCCAUUAUUCUCGGAGCCGCUCUUGGUGGCUUAUGCCUUCUUCUGCUCGUUGCACUGGUGAUUGUCGCUCGUCGCCGUCGUCAUGCCAAGCCCAUCCGUGCCAAGCAGUCAAAGUUUGACCCCACCGAGACGAACGCCUGGGUUGCCGACUCGCCUUCCAAGUUUGAGCUGAUCUCCGCUCAGCACGCGCACUACGAUGAUGUGGGUGCCUGGGGACCGGGCUCUACUGGCACCAAGGACGCCGGUCUGUACUCGGACUUGCAGUUCACUCCAAACUAUGCUCAGCUGGACGUUGCCUCAUCCACCCUCUCCAAGGCUCCUGUUGGACACUCUACGUCAAACUACGCAGCUGUCACCCCGGCUGGCUCUUCAACUUCGCAGUACGACACGAUUGGCUCGCCUGUGACCGACGUUGGGGCGUCAGCCUCGCAGUACGAGACGAUCGGCUCUCCCGCGCCUCCCUCCGGCACGAACGGCUACGAUACUCUCCAGCCCCCUCGCCCUUAAAGUUGCCAUGUUGUGAGUGAACAGUGACCCCAGACUUUUGUGCAGUUUUUGGUGUUUUUUGUGUUGUUGUUGUUGUUGUUGUUGUUGUUGUUGUUGUUG